AUGACUGGAGGCUGGAACCCGAUGACCGGACGCGACUCCGCGGGGGGUCGUCCGCCCUUUGCUCCGUACGGGGCUCCGAUGCCGAGCCAAGGUCAGCCCUACAUCUAUCAUUCUGGUGGUCCUGGCUACAACUUCGGUGCCACGCCUCAGUACAGCCCUUGGGCCAACAUGACUUACGGAGCAUAUCCCACAGCGAGCCCUGCACCCCCCAACCCCGGCAUGUGUCCUCCGCAAGGCCCGGUUGGUGGCUUCUACACGCAGCACACAUUUUCGCACCAGCCGAAUGGGACCGGCAACAUUUUCCCUCGUCAGCCCCAGGUGUGGCCUUCCAUUGAUCCGUCGAUGCCCGCCGCGCAAAUGUCCAACUCGACGGGCGGAGUGGGCUGCGAGCCCGGCUACAACUACUUCUUUGCCCCCGAGCACACCAAGGCCCACAUCUUCAAGUCCAACACCCCACCCUGGCAGCUCCCUGCCGCUACUCAGAUCCCCUUCACGGCAUCACACAUUCCAUGCAACACUACGCUCGCAGAACUCUUGAAGGGCUUCGGCUGCACCAACCCCUCAGCCAAAAAGAACAGGGUGUUUGAAAUCACGAGCGGCGGCGGUGGGAAAUGGUACAGGGGCCUUGAGAUCAACGGGAGCGACAAGGAGAGCAUGAAGAAGACGAUUGGCGAGAUCGGAUGGGACGCGACUAGGACGGGCAACAACGGCCAGAAGCCAGUCGUGUGCCUGUGGUUCUGCAAAGAUUAA